AUGAGCGAUAUAACAAGAAAACCUGUUUGGCUAGAUUGUGAUCCAGGCCACGAUGAUGCAUUUGCUAUUAUACUAGCUGCUUAUCAUCCAUCAUUGGAAUUAAUUGGAAUUUCAACAGCUGCGGGAAAUCAAACACUCGAUCGAACAACACAGAAUGCUUAUAAAGUUGCAUACAUUUCGGGUUUGCCAAAUACCAUUCCUAUCAUUCGUGGCUGUGAAGAAACACUUUGCCGGCAAGUUCAAAUAUGUCCGGAAAUUCACGGCCAGACAGGCUUGGAUGGUACUGAUAUUCCCGAUCAUCCGGAAUAUAAGACUCUAUCGGACAAACAUGACGAUAAUUUCUUAUGGAAUAUCUACAAGAGAAUUACUGAUGUCGGUCGACCUGUCACAUUAAUUGCUACUGGUCCAUUGACCAAUGUUGCAUUAUUAUUGAAAGUAUUUCCUCAAAUCAGCAAGUCAUUAGCAGAAGUUGUCCUUCUCGGUGGUUGUAUUGGACUUGGCAAUAUGGAACCGGGUUCCGAAUUUAACAUUAUGAAUGAUCCUGAAGCGGCUCAUAUUGUUUUUACCUCUCGUCAUGUUCCACGUCUCGUCAUGGUGCCCAUCGAGUUGACCCACACGGUUUGUGCAACUCAACAAAUUAGCGAACGCCUUCGCGCAUUAUCGUCUCGAUAUGCGUCGAUUCUCGAUCAUUUACUUCUAUUCUUCGGUGCAACUUAUAAACAAGUCUUUCAAUUCGAUGCGCCACCUUUGCAUGAUCCAUGUGCAGUGGCUUAUGUCGCGAAUAGGGACUUGUUUGAGGAGCAAAUCAUGCAUGUCGGGAUUGAACGUCGAAGUGAAUAUUGUCAAGGACGAACGGUGUGUGAUUUGUACGACAUGCAUCGACGGGAGAAAAACUGUGUGGUUACAUUGAAAAUGAAAAAUGUCGAACAGUUUUGGGAUAUGAUGUUAGACGCUAUUCAGUCAUAUUCCAAUAAUCACGAACCAUUGUGUAUUGUACAGGGUUGUCCGAAUGGCGUUCAAUCAAAUCCUUCUAUACGGUAUUUUACUGUCCCUGUGCACAUAUCAAAUAUUGCUGCGGCAUGGUACAAAAAUACGAUGCGAACAGAUCUACGUCCAUCACCCACACACCGUGUUUGUGAACAACAUUUCGAAGAAUCCUGCUUUGAUUAUGUUGGAGAUUCAAGCAAAGUUUUAAAGCCGAAAUCUCUACCUACAUUAUUUGAUUUAGAGGUUUUCUAUAAAAUGAUUGCUUAUCAAGAUAGAUUGCAAGAGACAAAUAAAACUAAUAAGAAAACGAAUAUUACAUUUCAUACCAGUAAUCCGGAAAUUGAUGGAAGAACGUUGGAACCAAUAUUGAAAUUAGAAAGUGGAAAUGUUAAAACGCGACUAGCACCAACGGCUGCAUCUCAACAAGAAUCAAUAGAGAAAACUCAAUCAUCGUUUAUAGUAAAUAAGACUCCGUUGAAUCAUCAUGAUAAUUUGGAAAAUCGAGCCUCGAAUCGUUGUCACGUCGAUGGUUGUAUUCAUAAUUAUCUUGCUCGUCGUCAUCGUGUACAACUAUAUAAAAUUCCACGUGAUCCAACUGUAGCACGUAAAUGGCUCGAUGCAUGUGGUUUUCAACAUCUAUCCGUUUCACCUUCAACGUCGACAUUCAAAGUUUGCCGAGAACAUUUCACAACAAACGAUUUCGAAGGACCAGCUGUACUUCGACCUGAUGCAGUACCAUCUCUUUUCACACCGCAUUCACGUUCAUUGAUGGAUAAACAGAGUCCAUCGCCAUCGAAACGCUUUCGACCAGACAUGAUGAAUAAUCGUGCAAAACAACCGAUUACCAAUAAUAAUAAUAACACUAAUAAUAUGAAACAGCGUUCCACACCGUUGACUUAUCGUAAUAAUAAUACUUAUCAACAACGGCAACAGCAAGAGCAAUCAAAUGCAACAGUUUUACAAUCGCCGACAAGUGAAAACUUCGAUGAUAGUAUGAAACAAGUGGUAAACGAUGCCAAGCAAAUGAUUGACAUGGAUUUAAAUAUGAAUUGUUCGGAAGAUCAACUAUCUGAUACACAAUUAGCAAAUUGUCCUGUUAAAGCUCUUGAUCGAACUGAUACAACAAAUGGUGUGAUGCCCAAGCCGCGUAAUCCUGUUGGCCGUCCUCGCAUACAUCCUCGAUAUCCACCCGCAGCACCACCUGUACAAUCUCGUCGUUCAACAUACGCCAAUGACGAUGCCGAUGAUUUAGAUGAUGAUGAUUGGAAUUUAGACGAAGCUGAUCAAGACGAUACUGUACGCGAUCGUGAUUGGAUUAAUCGUCAGCAAGAUGAUCGAUUACCUUGGUCAAAACGGCCGAAUUCAACAGCAAAUAGCUACUCUUCGGCUUAUCAACGUAAUAAUAGCAGUAAUUCCUAUCGAAAUAUUCGUCAACCGAUUUCGUUUCAACAGCAGCAGCAACAGCAACAACAACAACAUCAUGCUACUACCAACCAGCAACGAUCGACACGUGGUCAGUUUUAUCAAACACAAUUUGUUAAACCAGAACCGACGCGAAAAGCAACAAUUCCUUUUUUGCAACCAGCUUUCGCUCCGAAUGCUUCGACUCAAUAUCCGCGUGAUCAACCAUUACCUCGUCUUAAACCGGGCACAGUUCGAACACGAGAAGAAGGCUUGGAAGUUGAACUCGAACAUACAUACAAACGAGCUUUGCCAAAAUAUUACGGCCAGAAACCCUGCCGAAACUUACCUCUAUCUGAUUACGGAGAUUUCCGAAGUCGAUGUCCCGUAUGUGAAGAUACAAUAUUCGAUAAUAAUAUUCAACUGAUCACUCAUUUAUGUCAACAUUUUGAUCAACAAAGUAGCAAUACAACUAAUAAUAAUAACGAACGUAAACUGCAAUCGAAUUCACCAUUUGAACAAAUUAACACGAAAUGUCCACAUUGCCAGUCGGAAUUCUCCAACCCAUAUUUUCUUGCUAUGCACAUCGAUGAUAAACAUAUGCUCGAAAUGAAUGAAUAUCCCUGUCGAAUAUGUGAACAACGCCAUGCAUCAUUAUUGGAACUCAUCGCACAUUUGAAUCUUUGCCAUUGUGGUUUAGAAAUGCCAUAUUUCUGCGAAGUCUGCUCAUUUCGUACGUCCAUGCAUUCUGACAUGAUCUACCAUAUCGAUGAAGUGCAUAAGGGUACACGAUACUUUUUCUGUCCGUUCUGUUUUGUGUCGAUUGAAUUACCAUUGAUGAACAAUUCUUCGACGAUGAUGGAUGGAACAUUAGCUUACAAACAUUUACUACUUCAUUUUAAUAAAGUUGAUCAAGGUCGAACUAUACAAUCGAAAUUUAAACAUUGCCGAAAAUGUAUCUUACAUGUCGCAUCCAUGAAAGAUCACUUACAGCGUGAUCAUUUGAAUAUUGUUGAUGGAAUUAAAGCUACAUACUAUGAUGAAGAAGAAAAUCAAGAAAAGCAAAGUGACGAAGGUGAACAAUACGACGAGUCAGUUAUGGAUACAUCUUCACUUCCAAUUGAGAAAACUUCAACAACAAGAUAUAUAACCCCGGCGAAAAGUGGAUGA